CUAACCACAACAACCAUAAACUGCAUAGCGUCAGAGGAGGGAAAGCAGAGCCUCAGACAGCAAGGCAGCUGCAUGUCCUAACCCUGUCAUACUCCUCCACGGCUAACAAGACAAGCCAAUACGACCACGCAGGAACACACAGAUUCAACAGAGAGGACUACAGCAGUUGUCCUUCAAGUCAAAAUCAGCGUGAAAAAUGUAUCACGCUAACUCAGCUAUACUGGAUAUGAGCAAAAAUGGCUCUGCAAGAAACCAUGACAAGUAAACAGCUUUGACAGCCCAAAAGGAAAUCCAUUUUUUGCAUAUGUGAAAGGUCUGCACUCUCAAUAGCGGACUCGCAUAAGAAUCCAACCUUGUUUACCUUUAUUUUAAAACAACCCCUUCCUCUCCACUCCCAUCAUGAAGAGUUUAUUGACUGACCUCACUCCUUCCUUUACCACCCUCCUCUCCCUUCCCUUUUUCAUGUUCUUAUGCCCGCCAGCAUUGGUCAGAGGUGACUGCUGGCUCAUCGAGGGGGAUAAAGGCUAUGUGUGGUUGGCCAUCUGCAGCCAGAACCAGCCACCAUAUGAGACAAUCCCACAGCACAUCAACAACACAGUACAUGACUUGCGACUUAAUGAGAACAAGAUAAAAGCAAUUUUUUUCACCUCCUUGAGUCGCUUCACAAAUCUGACCGACCUCAACCUCACCAAGAAUGAGAUCUCGUACAUCGAAGACGGUGCUUUUGCAAGCCAAGCAAAUCUACAGGUGUUGCAACUUGGAUAUAACAAGCUAACCAACCUGACUGAAGGCAUGUUGCGAGGUCUGGGACGUAUGCAAUUUCUUUUCUUUCAGCACAAUCUCAUAGAAGUCAUUGCCACCAAUGCAUUCUGGGAGUGCCCCAGCCUCAGCAACCUGGACUUGUCAUCGAACAAACUUGCCCGGCUAGACCCAUCCACAUUCACUGUGUUGGGCAGGCUCAUGGGAUGUGAGCUUGCGGGAAACCCUUUCCAUUGCGGCUGUGAGCUCUAUAGCUUCCUCACCUGGUUAGAGGCCUUUAACAAUGUCACACACACCUAUGAUCGACUUCAGUGCGAGACUCCACGGGAGCUGUUUGGCUAUCCGUUGCUGAGUCCUGUGGCUGGGCACGGACGGAGUGCUCGAUAUAUCCUUUCCUCUGUGUGCCGGAAUGGGGUGCGGAUUCCAGGAAUGACAUCUCUGCCACCUGAUCCUGAUUAUUCUGGCAUGGGUCCUGGCAUGUUUGACCACAUUGGACCAUCCCAUCAGCCUACAACUUCCUCCUCAUCUGAAAAUGCAUUUAGUCCAAGCAUCAAACUGCAGCAUGUGUCUCUCUCCUCUGCAUCCCUUCUGAUCCAGAUUCCAAAGCCAUACAGCAAAAUGUACAUCCUGGUGCAGUAUAAUCAGAGCUUUGUGUCUGAUGUGAUGAAAUUAACAAAUAAAAAGGAAAUGAUCACCCUUAAUAAGCUCAAACCAAACACCAACUACACCUUCUGUGUGGCAUCUAUACGCAACUCACAGCGCUACAACCACACUUGUUUAUCCUUUUCUACCAGAGCUCCAAAUCCAGAUGACUUGAUGCCUCCACCCUCCACGACCACCCACUAUAUCAUGACCAUUGUUGGCUGCCUCUUUGGAAUGCUGAUUGUUCUCGGGUUUGUCUACUACUGCUUGCGAAGACGACGCCGACAGGAGGAGAAAGAGAAAUCCAUUUGUGUGAAGAAGACCAUUCUGGAAAUGCGAUACGGACCAGAGGUGGCAGCAGCAGUUGCAAAUGACCCUACAGCUGUCCAGAAACUUCAUGAGCAAAGCCACCAUCAGCAUCACCAUGGGAAACUACCCAUGUCCUCCUCGUCCAGCUCUGCCAUGCUUGGCCAUGUUUCUGCCAACACUAGUUCUUCACGUUUGUCCUCCAUCCCUCAAGUAGAGAAGAUGGCAACGGCCUUCUCAGAGGCCAUGGCCACUAAGGGCAACUAUAUGGAUAUUAGGACCUCUGUAGGAGGAGACGAAAGGGGGAGAGAUGGAGCUGUGGUACAUGGUAUUCGGGAGGAAGACCUCAGGGGGGAUGAUGGAAGUGACUUGGGUGAUGAUUCAGAUGAUGAUGGCUGUGGAUCAGCAUCCGAGAUUUCAACAAUUGCAAUGGAGGUUGACAAGGUCAACCAGAUAAUUAACAACUGCAUUGAUGCCCUUAAGCUGGACUCUGUUGGAACCUCUACUGUUUCCACCACAGCAAGUGGACCCACCUCACCCCCACCUACCUCUACCUCCUCCCUGACCAGAGGACUGAUUCCCAUUUCUACCAGUGUCAGUGAUACUUGCAAAGUCCUGCCUUCCCCAAAAAUUCCUCCUCCACCCCCUCUUCCCUUCACAGCUCCUCUGUCCGAGAGACCUGGAAUAACAGGGGGCGGCUUUGUGUCACCGCCGUACCGUCCACCUCCCCCAGCUUCUGCAGUGAGGCCUAUUCAAAGACAGAUGAGUGCCGAUGCAGCUGUCAUCAUCUCUUCUUCCAAGAGGCACUGCCGGCCUUCCAGUGGGAAAGGUCGCGUUUACAGCCUAGAUGUUCCAGAACCCCACAGCCCAGAUCCCUGCCAGUAUCCAGACAAGGGCAGCCCACUGGGGUGCGGUGAGCCCAUGGAGAGGCUCCCUUUAGUAGGUAGUGGUGGAGGUGGUGGCUGUAGCAUUGAUGGUGGUACUGUAGAUGGGAUGGGCCUUCAGCAGCACCUGGAAGUGCACCCAGACUACCACUGUGCAGAGCAUCGUCACUCAGUCCCUGCCCUUUACUAUGAGGGUUUCCAUGACUCCCCAGCCCAAAGGGUCUCUUUUCUCAAGCCUUUGUCACGUACCAAGAGAGACGCUGCUUCCUACUCUCAGCUCUCUCCCCGUCACCACAAUUACUCUGGCUACUCCUCGAGUCCAGAGUACUCCUCCGAGAACACAUUGCGCAUCUGGGAGCGCUUCCGUCCCCACAGAAAGGGUCCCCGCGAGGAGUCCUGUUAUGUAACAGCCGGAAACGCCUUGCGCAAAAAGGUCCAGUUUGCCAAGGGGGAGGACUUGCAUGACAUCCUUGACUACUGGAAGGGUGUGUCGGCACAGCAAAAGCUGUAAUCUAUGCGACUGCGUGGAAACACAGCGCAGGUCUCCUUCACUGCCUGAUAAACCAGAAGAGCGACUAUAGUGAGAAGUCGGGUUAUGGCUGCAGUGUGCAAAACAGAGCCAAGUUUGUCAGGGUUUGAGGACAAGUUGUUUUAAUACAGUUUUUGUACAGUGAGCCAGAAAGAGAGUAAAAGAGCCUGAGGAUACACUACAUACAUAAGAUAAUAUUCAGAGAUGUAAUUUGGAGUACUGACCAUUGUCGUACUCUGUGAAAAAGGUCAGAUGGGCUUAUCAUAUGUCAGCAAUUGAAAUAAUUGUAUUUUACUAAGUAUUCAUCUGUGUAUUCAUCGUUCAUAUCAAUGGUGAGACCUUCGUAACCUGAGUCCUUCGUUCAGCCCGAGACAGAAUCUUUGUUUAUACUCCCACUCGAAUCACAGGCCAUCACAUUCAUUUGUUAGGCGGGAAUGUGUAUGAGUGUGUGUUUUAGGAGGAUAAAAUGAUGUGCUGAUUUUCUACAAACCUGUCAAAAGCAGUUUCCCCCUUCCAUAUUGCAGAGACUAUGCACAGAGCAACCAAAUUUACAUUUCAAUAGCACUCCUCAUGUGAAAAAAAUAAAGGAAUGGAGGGAAGGAAAGGAUAAAAAAAUGAAACAGAAGAAUCUCCCUGGGGAGCUUUGGAAUAGUCAGCCGUGUUUGGCAGCUGCUUGCUGUGCUGAGCAGGAUGACAUAAAUAGUGCAAGGGGUGCUAGAGAAAAUACUGUAGAUUUACUAGGCUCUGUGGAAAAUGUGUAGAUCUGUGUUGGAUAUAGCAGACAUAGCGCUGUGCAUCUCUCAUCACUGAUGCAUUAUUAAUAGCAUUUCCUUAUCAGAGGUUACCUUGUCACCUGUAUCACAGCAUGAGCACAAAGUGGCUGUUGGCAGCAGAGGUUUAUGUAUUCUGUUCCUCUGCCCUAAGGUCAAUUUGUUUAGUCCAUUAAUUGGCUUUUGGAAGCCUGUUGCUGACAGCUGAGACAUUCAACAGGCAAAGUGACCUAGACCAUUUUAAACUGAUGCUUUAUACGACGUUUCUCCAGGCUCUUGUUUGUUUGUUUAUUUAUUUAGUGGGCGGAAUUAUUAUCCAUGAUGCUGACAUUGAAAUUAUGACAAAAUGGAGCAAGAAUUAAUUAAAUUAUAUUAAAAAAUACAAAGAAUUUAUUGAGUAGAUAUUUUAUGCUCUUAUCAUCACUUACCGACCUUGGGUUUCAAGCUCUUCCCACUUAAUCUCAAAUAUAGAUCUCAUAGGACUUUUCAUAUCAUAAUACAUUAUUAAUUGUAUGAUUUAUUGUAAAAAAAAAAAAAAAAAAGACAAAUAUUAUUAACUCCAACACCUCUGUCAGCUAUUAUUUUAUUAAUGUCCAGUUAGAUUAAACAAAAAAAUUGCAAUUAACCAAGGCUAUAUCCUUUAGUGUGCAAGGGUAAGCAGCCAAGACCUCCAGUUUGAUUAAAAGAGAUCACUCUUUCUUCUUCUCACAGCAACCACAUUCAGCCUACAGUUUCACGGACCAAUAAACCAAAAAAUUGGAUUAGAUUAGAUUAAAAUAUACAUCAAUUUGCAAUGCACUCUCAUACUGUAAGUAUGAAGUGACAGGUGAGACAUCCAAAGGGCACAUGAAAUCAAAUGAAUGGCGUUUGCUCAGUGAAGUAUAAUUAUACCCCCAUCCCCCUCUAAAUACUUGGCUUAAAGGGAUAGUUUCACACAAACAUUAAAAUUCUGUACUCAAUCUUACUUUCCUCUGCAGAACACAAGAGGUGUCAUUUUGAACCGUCUGUUUUCCAUACAUAUACAAUGAAUAUGGACUGAGCUUUCAAACUUCAAAAAGGGCACAAAAAGUCUGUUUCUCAAAGCUGUUGUGAGUCCUCAGAAUACUUGGAAUGUAGCAUACGAGCCACAUAAACCACUUUCAUGAUACUUUUAUGCUUUCGCAUCCUUUUUGGAGCUUAAAAGUGGCGUGAUUCAUUAUAAUUGCAUGGAGAAGAACAUGGGAAAAUUUUUAAGCUUCACAAUUCAUAUGGGUUUUUCUAAGAACUUAUUAACAUUACUUUGUCGCAGGCACUUAACUUGACAUCACUACUGGUGAAACAUGUCUGAGAUGACCCGUUUAAUAAAUCAUUGAGAUAAGUUAGAAACAAAAUGCAAACAGUUUGUAUGGGGUUUAGCAUAAGCCAGCAAACCUCUUUAUUUUAUCCCAUUUUUUCAGCAUCAGGUGUUUAUGUGCCUUCAGUAAAUAGGUCCAUUAUUUGUUGUAGUACCACAUAAAGAGCUGUUCAUGAUUUUUAUGCUGUGUGGUUCAUUUUCUGAAAAUCCCUUUAUUUAAUAAGGGGUUCACUGUACAUACAUUUAUAUAGCAUCUUUCUUACAAUUUCUCUCGAUUAAGGUUUUUCAUUGUAAAUAUGUGAUGGAUAACCUACCUGCCAACAUUUGACAUACACUCAGGCACAAUGUCUUGUUUGUUCUCUCUUUUUUCGGGGGCUUUAAAAAAAUCAGUCCAAGGUGUACAACAACACGUUGUUUAUAGGAUGCUUAAUGGUUUACUCAAGCAGCUAUAACAUAUGUGGAUUAUUAGGGCACUAUUUGUGUACUUGAAGACAUUACAGAGAGAUAAAUUGGACCAUAACUGGACAAACUGUUCUUGGGCAACGGAAAUGGACCCACGAAGGACUGCUACCCGAGGCUUACUGUGACAUUUUCCUUACUUUACAAAAUUUUAAAACCACUUGGACUGGUCUGAAGGAACUAACCAUGAAUGCUCAAUCAUAAAUUACUUCGUUUUUAUAACAGUAAAAUCUGAUGCCCAGCUUUAUGUUUUUAGAUCUGGUUUUUAUUGUGCCUCCCCUCGUUGACAAAGAAAAAAAAGAACUUUGCACUCCUGUACAAAAGCUUGUCAGCCAUUUUUCCAAUGAAUUCAAAGUUGAAUAACAAAAGAGGGAAGUAAUAAUACUAUUGGCAUGGCAUCUGUAAGAUUUUCUGUUAUGUAUUAUUUGUUUAAGAAAAUGUGUACUUAGUGCUUUUUGUUAUCAUACUUUGCUGGGGAGUAAGACUGUGUUGUUCUCUUUUCUCUUUGCUCAAGGCCAAUCUCGUUGAAUAUUCCCUCAGUGUUUUCCCAUUCAUUCAGGACAAACAGGUGAUUCAUUUAUUUCAAGUUAAUAUCUCCCUCCACCAAAUCACAUUUUUAUAUCAGACCUUUAUUCAUAUGCUAUUUCAUGUUUUAAUUAUUUCUGUCUUUUACUUGGCCUGUAACUUUUGACUUGAAAAGUCAUGCACAAAUUCUCAACAUGUUUGUUUACUACCCUACUACAGAGCUAACAGUCAUUUUAUUGACUGAACUGAUCACAAGUGAAUGGUUGGGGGUCAGAGCUUCACCUCUUGGAAUACAGCUUUUUUUUUUUUUUUCUCAGAGUUGAAUAAUGCAUGUGUCUGUCUCUUCUUUUCAAUCCUGUGCUAAAGUAUCAUUAUAUUCCUGCUACAUGCUAGUCUCACCGUCAACAGUUUGAUUUUGUUAACAAUUCAGAAGUUCCUGAAGAAACUAUUUUGGCCAGGGGUGUCACGUCAACUGUUCAAACCAGCUCUGGUUGAACAAAAUGGUGAUCUACGUAUUGGACUGUAUGCGGUUGACAUAGGAUAUUUGACAGUGUUGGAUAAUUCACGUUUGGUCAUAGACCCAUAUUUUUAAUAGCCUCUUUAUACUAAUAGUUCUUUCUGAAGGCCCUCUCACUAUAGUUGUGUUAAGGAAGUUUGUUGUACUAAGAGUAGAAAAUAAUUUGACAUUAAUCAUUGUCAGCUUUCAGCAAUAUUACACAGAGCAUAAAGUGGAUUACUCUUCCACAGCAGUUUUUACUUUUCUAAGCUCUUUAGCCUCCUCUUAGUGUUAGACACUAUAGAAGGAGAUUGGCUUGAAGAGAGCAAAAGAGAUACGGUUUAAUACUUUGAAACAAGAUUUUCAUUCCAGCCUCCUUUCUUUUUAAUGGCCUUGGAAUCACAAGAAAGUGACAAAAGUUUCACUAAAAGUUAGUAGCUAGUUCUGUUAUAUCAUAAAUCCCUAUUAUUCAUUACUUCUUUUGAGGUUGCUUUGAGUCCAGAGUCUUCACCAGAGUUCUCAAUUUGUAAUGAACACAUUUAAAAUAAUUUACUUCUUUAUACAAGAACAGAAUCCUUAAUAAUUACUCAGGACCAAACAUUGUUUUGUCAAGCUUAGUAUUGCCCCUUAAAUCCAAUGCAAAUGGCUACAUGCAGUCACCGUGUUCUGAUGUGUCUUUGAAGGUCCCCCUCGUUGGCUUUGCCUGUCUUUGUUCAUGCUCAAAAGAAGUCUAGAGAAAAUCACUCCAAGGGUCUCUGGAGUCAGGAUAAUUGUGCCUCUUAUAUGAAGCUUUUAAG